ACAGGUUGUUCAGUCAGCAGAAGUUAUCCCAAAGCUCAAGAAAAGAAUAGAAAUACACUAAGCAAGACUGUCUUUUAAUAAAAGGAUAAAGGACUCCAGCUCUCAAAAAAAUAUGAAUCCCUCAGCAUCCUAUAUGUCUACAAAUGAGUUGGCAGACAAAGAAAUAAAACCAUUCUCAUGUCCUGAAUGUGGAAAAUGUUUUAGCAGUAAAACAGUUCUUGUGAGACAUCAGAAAACUCACACAGGAGAAAAACCAUUCUCAUGUUCUGAAUGUGGAAAAUGUUUUAGCAGUAAAGCAGUUCUUGUGAGACAUCAGAAAACUCACACAGGGGAAAAACCUUUCUCCUGUUCUGAAUGUGGAAAAUGUUUUGUCAUUAAAUCAUAUCUUAUUAAACAUGAAAAAACUCACUCAGGACAGAGACCUUUCUCGUGUUCUGAAUGUGGGAAAUGUUUUGGUGAGAAAUCAGAUCUUGUGAAGCAUCAUAGAAUUCACACGGGAGAAAAGCCUUUCUCUUGUUCUGAAUGUGGAAAAUGUUUUGUCCAUAAAUCGUAUCUUAUUAAACAUGAAAAAACUCACUCAGGACAGAGACCUUUCUCAUGUUCUGAAUGUGGGAAAUGUUUUGUCCAUAAAUCGUUUUUUGUGAAGCAUCAGAAAUCUCACUUAGGAGGAAAAUGUUUCUCGUGUUCUGAAUGUGGGAAAACUUUUGUCAGUAAAUCAAAUCUUGUGAAACAUCAGAGAACUCACACAGGAGAAAAACCUUACUCAUGUUCUGGAUGCGGUAAAUGUUUUGUCGAUAAGUCAGCUCUUGUUAAGCAUCAUAGAACUCACACAGGAGAAAAACCUUUCUCUUGUUCUGAAUGUGGGAAACGUUUUAGUGCGAGUGCAAAUCUUAUAGUGCACAAAAGAAUUCACACAGGAGAAAAACCGUUCUCAUGUACUGAUUGUGGGAAAUGUUUUGUAAAAAAAUCAAAUCUUGUUGUUCAUAGGAGGACUCACACCGGAGAAAAACCUUUCUCGUGUUCUGAAUGCGGGAAAUGUUUUGGUGAAAAAUCCGUUCUUCUGAAGCAUCUGGAAACUCACAGGAGAGUAACCGUUCAGAACAUGAAUGUGGGAUAUAUUUUAACCAGCAAUCACAUCAUAGCUAUCUGAGAAUUCGCACAAAAGAGAAGUUUUGUGAUGUUCUGAAUAUGGGAACUGUUAUAGUCAAUUCUAAGGUUUUUUUGAGGCUUUAAUGGAUAAACAUGGGAGUAGUACAAAUUGUAUAGAGGGGCAGAGCCGACCUCAGAGCUGCAUGGACACAUCCUAAUAUGCUCAGUCUGAUAAAUGCACAGAUUCCAAAGACAUUGGGCAAAAACUAUAUAAGAUGGGUCACCCCAAAAGAUCCACUAACUCCAGCCAACCUUCGAAUAAGACUCCGGCAGGGAAAUCUGGCACACUAACUAUCUAACUUAAUAGUUCUGCAAUUAUUCACCACACUUCAGCUUGCCGCCAUCGAGACCAGAGGGAUCAAAUCCUCCUACUGAUCAGGAGAUAAGAGACAUCCUCCACAGCUUACCCUCAUUACCCUCGUUCCAGCCCAAAUUGGACUUCAUGGACUCUUGACAUUCGUCACAUGGGGGAUAGAGGUAGUGUGCUCAAAGACAACAUGGACACACUUCAUAUACAGGUACAAUCCAUCCAAGACUCAGUAUCUGCCUACUCCACUCACCUAUCAGCUAUGCAGAGAUCUCUAGACAAUAGAGGAUGGCACAACCUUCGGGUUAAAGGUCUCACUGAGAAUGGCCAAAAAAAUUUCCCAAUCAUCCUCCAGGAACUCUUCAAUCUUAUCCUGGGUAAAUCUCUCAUUGCUCCUAUCAAUUUUGACAGGGCCCACAGAGUGCUACUCCCUGAAGGAGAUCAAGCUGACACACCCUGACACACGUCUACAUUAUUACUCCUGUAAGGAGAGCAUUCUUGCGGCCCUACGGCAAUCUAGUCAACCUCUCCUAUUCCACACCACACCGAUCACCAUUUACCCGGACUUAUCCUGGAUGACGCUACAGGCCUGCUGCAUUAUAAGGUCCAUCACUAAUCAACUUCAUUCCAGAGGAUUAAGGUACCGGUGGGGCUUUUCCUUGGCCCUUAGUGUUACGUACAAAGGUGCCCUCCUUACCAUAAACUCGAUCAAAGAUGUCCUACCAUUCCUUAAAACUCUCAAGCUGCCAGAUGAUCUACGUACCAGAUUGGUAUGGCCCUUUGCAGGUCCCAGCUAUCUCUUAGCUUUUCUAAUACCUAUGCUGGCAGCACACCCCCCAAAAAAAGAAGCAUCCCCACUGACCCAACGAAACAGUGAACUGUGCAUGCUGGCGACCCUGUGAAACCUACAUCAUAUACAGACCUAAUGCUCUCCUUGAUAUUGGUACUAUAGCAUGACUUUCCUACUACAGAACAAGGACUGUCCUGACACUGCAUCGUGCUAAUCGACUCACGCUGAAGAUGACCACCUCUAACGGAAAAUACCAACCAAGCAAACAUGGACUGGUGACUUUAUAAAAAAAUAUAUUACCCUCUUGCUGCUCUAAUCUUCCCAAAACACUCUUGAUCCUCCUACCUCCCUCUCUCUGCACCCCUCUCCCUCUCCAUUUUCUCCUUUCCACCUCUGGAGUUCCACAUCCCCCGACCACCUAUCACACCACCUCAGGUAAAAAAAAACUAAAAAAAAAACUACCAAACGUUUUUCUGGUUGCUAAUGCUCAGAUAUGAGCGUAACCAAAUCUUCAUUACCCUCAUUUCCUUUUCCCUCCCCUAUACCUAUGGGAUCUAUUACAUCCAAGAACUCCUGUACCACCUCCUCUCUAUCACCUGAGUGAGUCAACAAAACAAAAUGUUAUUAGCAAGACUAAAUAUUUCCCCGGGUGUCCAAACUUAGCCUCUCUUGUACACUGCUCUCCCAACCCCCACCCGCUUAGUCACCAUCAUAUACAUGAAUCCCUAUACCUGCUCCCUACCACUUGAAUAAUUUAUCACUCCCAAAUUAUAAAAAAAAUCCAAUAUUAUUCAAGUAUUCCCUAGACAACUUCUAAUUACAGUAUAGAUUCACAAUCAGUCCACCCCAUUCUCCUCCUUGUACUUCCUGUCAAGCAUCAAUACACAAUUGUACCAUAUUGGUCCCAAUUGCAGGCGAUUACCCCAGCCAGUAUCCACCCAUACUAUUCACAUGGAUUUGUGAACGUACGACUCACGGCCAUCAAAGUGAGAGUUUCCCGCUACUGACAUCUCACAAAUUAACCCUGAUAACACGAUUACCAUAGUCCCAACCAAGGGGGUAAAUGUGGGCAACUACUAGCUAAUGCAUUGCAACACAACAAACAAACCAUCUUCAUAUCCAAAAUUAAAAAUCAAUCUGGAUAAAUUUCCCAUAAACUCAUGGACAUCUUGGAGAGAGAAAUUGUUCAAUUCCUGUUUCAUAAACAUAAAUUGAACAAUUUCUCUCCACUAGAGUAAAAAAUACCAUUCCACCCAACAGUAUACUAGCCUUUGAUGCCCCAUCACACAGGACAAAUUGUACCUAGCAGUUAAAAAAAAUAAAAAAAUUCCUCUAGGUAAAAGCCCUAGUCCUGAUGUAUUCACAGAUAAAUACUACAAAACAUUCCUACCAACACUCUCAGAACCCUUUCUGAACACCUUAAACUCCCUCACUCACUCCACAAGCCUUCCCCAAGCUUCUCUAGAGGCCCACAUUGCCUUUAUACCCAAACCGGGAAAAGACCCAACUUUAUGUGGAAAUUAUCACCAGAUAUAAUUGAUAUAUGUAGUGGGACACCUGGUAACCCGACCGUUACCUCCACUAGUUCCCUUCCUUCAGCCGAUCAGGAACUCUUACAGGGUUAGGGGACUUAGCUCCAUGCGCUCCCAGGGCACUCAGUCCUGGAAGCUCUUAGUCUUUACAAGGACUUUGCAUCCCCUGCAAGCUGGAAUGGCAGACACAGGGGUUAAAUAUUUCCUCUCUCCAGUAACCAGACAAGACACAGUUCUGGAGGUUAAAACACUGGCCAUCUUUAUUGAAAACGGGCUUCUUUUAUGCACAGAGGGGGUCUCCAUUCAACUCAACACAAUCCCAGGCAGGAAGGGGUUGGGUUACAGAUAGCCAUCUCCUGCUCUGGGAGAUACCAACAGUACACAGGGACACACAUUAAAACGCGUUAUAUCCAAAGGGGGUAAACUUUGGGGCUCAGCGCCCCAGGAAGGGAAGGGGUUACAGGGUUGACACAUACUUUGCUAGAUAGCCCUACUAGGAUCCCUGCACAUAGCGGGGCUAUCGGUUAUUCAGAGCCCGAGAAAUUGUCGUCUAAAACCCGGGGCUCGUGCCUCUGUACAUCCCUGAAAUUAGUUCCAUGAAGUUGCUUGGAUUAGUCUGGCGAAUUAAAUCGAAAUCAAAGCACCUAAACCAAGCAACAACCAAUCAGCUGAAAGGCGCGAAACCAAAUUGCCCCAAGCAGCUCGCAGGGAGGAGAGGAGUGUCGCUGCCCAAUCAGGCAAAAGUGCGCAGAAAUCUGUUACACCAAUUGGCGCUCGGAGACUAGAGGGGUUUUGCUGCCCAAUCAGAAAGGGCGCGAAACCCCGUUUGAAAGCGUGAUCUCGCCCUGAUUGGUCGCCUACGUCCCGCAGCGACCAAUCAACGUCCAGUGUUUGUGCCGACCAAUCAGGAGAAUGGCGCGAACCCAGUUUGAAUGGGUGCGCCCUCUCCCAUUGGUCCACACAGACUUCCAUAGAGAUACCCUGCUGGUGUGCGUUCUUUUCUGCGGUGGAUAUCCCCCGUAAGUAUCCACCGGAGAGAGCACUCUCUUGGGCAGCUACGAGCCUAGCCUCGUAGCUCCCAGGCAGGGGGAAACAGUGACCAUAGCUCUCUUGGGAGCGGGUAGGGUGAUCCCCGACACGGGGACCUGAGACAGACUGCGUAUGCCGGUUCGGUAUACAAGUGCUGCCCCUGCUUGGCGUUUGGUUAUAUGAACAGGCAGCCAGCCAGGGUAAGCACGAGCCGCUUGUUUCCCUUGCGGUUUUCACACCUCGUUCGUAUUAGCUCUCCCAAACGGGGAGCAAGUAAAACACACGAAUACAACACAAUUACAUAUAGAUACAUGGGGAAACACAGAGUACAAGGGAAAAUCGUGAGAAUAAACAUUGGGAACACAAAAUAAGGCCAAAACAUCUGUGUAUUCCGUGGGCAUGGCACUUAGUGGCGGUGCCCGCUACAAUAUAGAUCUCCAAACUCUACACCAAACUACUUAACAAUGUAUAUUUCACAGACAGGCAGACACGCUGAAAAGGCGUUCGACAGGGUAGAUUGGACUAUGUUGACCGUGACUCUCCGGGCUUUUGGAUUCGGUCCAAACUGGUUGAAAUGGAUGCAUGCUAUAUACUCCUCACUCACCACUAAACUGAUAAAUGGACAGCUGUCUGACCCAGUACACAUUAGGAAUGGCUCCUAUGCAUCUUAAUUGUAGAACCUUUUCUGCAGGUUAUCAGGGACCAACCCAACAUACACGACUUCCAAGUACAAUACCGGGAAUUCAAAAUUUCUGCUUUUGCAGAUGACCUCCUCUUCACUAUAACAGAACCAACGACUUCCGUGCCCUUUCUCUUGGAGGAAAUCUCUACCUAUAGUAGAAUCUCUACCUUUCAAGUAUAUUUCACAAAAAGUGAAAAACUGCCCUUACGUCUUGACGACACCACACAAACACAACUAAAAUCUUUAUACCCUUUCGUCUAGGCCGACCAGGCAAUCACCCACCUAGGAUUCCAUCUACGCCAUAGACCAAGGGGUCCUCAAACUUCGGCCCCUCAGAUGUUGCUGAACUACAACUCCCAUGAUUCUUUGAAUUACAUAGCCUGAGAAUCAUGGGAGUUGUAGCUCAGCGACAUCUGGGGGGCCGGAGUUUGAGGACCCCUGCCAUAGACCAAUACAAACAUAUGACCUAAACUUUUUACCACUUCUCAGUGAAAUCUCCAAAGACCUUACGAAAUGUCAGAAGCCUUAUUUCAGCUGGCUAUGUAGAGUUAAUAUCCUAGAGAUGAACAUCCUACCCAAAAUUCUACACCUCCUGAUUGCAAUCCCCAAAACAUUCUUUUCUAAACUUAAACAACUGUUAACUACCUUCAUAUGGGCCAGCAACCACCCUAGAAUAUCCUAUAAUGUUUUGGUAAGACACAAACAGGGAGGACUGGGUCUACCACACCUAGAACAAUACUAUAAAGCAACCAUGCUAACUAGAAUCUACGAUUAAACUGCAAUGCCCCCUUUUAAACAAUGGGCAUUCCUAGACUGACCCAUGUUCAAAGCCCCACUACUCCAUGGCAUCGCUCUGGACAUGCACUCCAUCUCCCCUCUGUCUCCCAUCACCCCACUAUAGACCCAACAAUACGCAUAUGGCCCCAUCUAAGAGAACUACGAUUAAUUUCCCCACACGCAUCACCCUUAUACCAACUGCAAUACAACCUCUUCUUCCCUCCAGGGCUACACAAUGACUCCUUCCCUUCAGGGCUACACAAUGACUUUCCACACUAUUCAAGGCACAAGAUACAUUAAGCUUGGCUCAGUCCUAGACAACAAUGUAGUAGCUCCACUCCAAGCUGACACAAUCUAAACGACCCUCUGCCCUACGCUCAGUUAUCAAACUUUCUGAAAGCUGAACCGCACCUAUUACAAGGACCUUACCCACUCACAUUUGAAACACAUUGCAAUACAUACAAACUCUUGAACAAACACUUAUCCACCUUUUGUUGUCUCCUACAAAUUAACCCAAGAGAUAAUCUACCUGCAUUCACACCGUCUUGGGCUCAAGAGCUAAACAUUAUACUUACAUUAAGAAACUGGCAGAGGAUCUUCACAUAUGCAUAAACAUCCUCUAUCAGCAAAAACAUACAAGAAAGCAAUUAUAAGAGAUUUUCUAGGUGGCACUACUUCCCGAGCAAACUUCACAGCCAUUCUCUCCCUUUCUGGACAAGUGCUGGAGAUGUACUCAGACAGGAGUCACCUCAGCCCACAUGUAGUGGAGUUGCCUGACCAUCCAAACAUAUUGGAAGAGAGUAGUGACCAUGAUUAAUACAAUCACGGGUCUCCACAUAUACAAGUACAUGCAUCACUAUACAACAAAUCCUCCCUCUCUAUGUCAAUAUGGGAACCCUGGCUUCCUUGACAGACAACAGGACGCACGCUGAUCAUUAACAGUAACCGCAUCAAGAACACACUAUGGUGAUUCUCCCCUCUGUGGCCCCCUGAACGAAGGCAGCAACCAACUCCUCUUGCACUCUCCUGUUUAGUCCUACAUAUAUGACUUGAUCACACCUACUGAUCAAAUGCUUCUAUGGUGGAUCCAACUAUGAAUAGCUUUCCACAAUCGGGACACUAUUAUUCCUACCAAAUGGUUCAUUUAAAAAAACAAAAUUGCCAAUGCCUAUUACUGACGAUCCUAUAUAUUAGGCAACUGGCUGUCACAAAACACCCAAGAACUAAGGUAUUAAUGCAUCCAUGGUCUUUCCCUGCAUUGUAUUUGAUGCUUCUGUAACCAUGUCACACCGGAGAAUCUUGUAACUGUGAUUCAUGCUAAUAUACCAACUUACUGAACACAAUAAUAAUAAAAAUUAUCUAUGUUGUACAAACCA